AAAGGCUGUAAACUCUUUCACACCACUCAUCCAUUUCUAUUGCUUAGCUCUCUCUCUCUCUCUCUCUAAGUUAUCAGCACAAAGAAUGGAAGGAGGAGCUGCUGCCGCCGUUGAAGUUCUAGUUCAAAACCUCAUCGAUCUCUGCAAGAAAGAGAUCUCUCAGAUCCGAGAUCUCAAAAAAGAUGCGGCAAAGCUAGCUGCGAGUCUCAAAACCAUCCAGAAAUUCUUGAACGAUGCCGAGAAGCGUGACAUCACCGGCGAAGCUGUCAAGGGUUGGCUGGAGAAGCUUGAAGACGUAGCUUUUGAUGCUGACAAUGUUUUGGAUGAAAUCAACUAUCAUAUUCUCUCCAAACAAUUCAAGCCCGCCGAGCCUGAGGAGGAAAAGGUACCAUCAUGCUUCUCACGCCUCUCAUGCUGCAAGAAUCUUUCACGUUCUCGAAAUAUGGCACUUAAAAUCAAAGAAAUCAAUGAGAAUUUGGAGUCCAUUAACAAAGAGGCCACCGAUCUUGGCCUUGUAGGGAGGCUUGCCGAUGAGCCUGCUUUGGAUAUUGCUACUUUGGAAACUAAUUCAUUCACUCUUGACCCAAUUUUUAUUGGAAGAGAUGAUGUUGUGUCGGAAACAGUUGAUAUACUUACGAAUAGCAUCACAACUGAUGAAAAAUCAGUUUCCAUACUUGCCAUUGUCGGGAUGGGGGGAUUGGGGAAGACGACAUUGACGAGAAAAGUCUUCAAUCGUCUACAGAAUGAGACUCGGUUUGGCUCACAUAUUUGGGUUCAUGUUUCCUCAAAUUUUGAUGCAUUAACUCUUUUCAAAAAAAUUCUCAAAGAGUUGACUCGUGAUCAAGUCGAAGGUGAGAGUCAGCAAGAAAUUCUUUCGAAGCUUAAAGAAGCUUUGAAAGAUAAAACUUAUCUUCUUAUUCUCGAUGAUGUAUGGAAUGAAGAUCUUUCCGAAUGGGAUGAUUUUGUCAAUUCCUUGUUGGGAGUUAGUUGUGUAAAGGGAAAUGCCGUUGUUGUUACCACCAGAAAAAUGGAGGUGGCUUCAAUUGUGAAUCCACUUCAUACACAUGAGUUGAAAGGCUUAUCAGAGGAAGAUUGUUGGUCGAUAAUCAAAGUUAAAACCUUUGGAGAAGGAAACAUUCCGUCAGAUUUUGAGGCUAUUGGGAAAAACAUUGCAAGAAGAUGUCAAGGUUUGCCAUUAGCUGCCAACGUAGCUGGGGGAGUGCUGCGCAAUAAAUCUGAGGAAAAAUGGCGUUCAAUCGAGGAGAAAUGGCUCUCACCCGAUGAAGGAGGAGAUAAUAUCACAAAAAUAUUGAGAUUGAGCUUUGAUAAUUUAUCUCUGCCAUCACUUAAGAAGUGCUUUGCAUACUGUGCAAUGUUUCCUAAAGGCUCCCAAAUCAUGAAACAAGAAUUGAUUGAGAUGUGGAUGGCAGAAGGUUUUCUUCAAGCUGAUGAAAGGGAUGACAUGGAGUCCGUGGGCGAAAAAUUUAUCAACGUUCUUCUGCACAACUCUUUACUGCAGGUUUCAGAAAGAGAUGAUGACGGAAACGUAGAAAGUUGUGGCAUGCAUGAUCUUGUGCACGAUCUCGCUUGUUCUGUUUCAUGUUCCUCUAACUGUGGUAACAGUCGAGAUCGAUACAUGACUCACAAUUGUGGAGACAAAUCAAGUCCUAUCCCAAAAGAAAUAGCAAAAUCUUUGCGUACAUUAUUAAUUUCAAUCUAUGGUGAUAGUUCUGAUAUCAGCUUCUCAGACUUGGAAAGUCUGCAUGUUUUACGUCUUCAAGGUUAUGGAGUUAAGGAGCUGCCAAGUUCGAUUCAAAAGUUGAUACAUUUGAGAGAUUUUGACAUUUCAAAGACAGAAAUUGAAGUCUUUCCGGAUUGGAUUGGUGAAUUCUUUCACUUGCAGACGUUGAGAGUAGACUCAUAUAGGUUGAGAAUUGUGAGAAAACUGCCAAGUACGAUUAAGUACUUGAUUAACUUGAGGCAUCUUUAUAUUGACUCGAGGGUAGAGUUGCCUAUGGGAAUUGGGAGUUUAACUUCUCUCCAAACGCUAAAGUACUUUCCAGUGGGUGACGAGAAUGGCUGCAAAAUUGAAGAGCUCGGAAAUUUGAAUAAUCUUAAAGGAGAGUUACUGAUUCUGAAACUGGAAAGGGUUCAUGGCAAGGAAGAGGCUGGGAAAGCCAAUUUAUUCAAAAAGUCUAAAAUAUUGAACUUGUGUUUGAUGUGGGGUGAAGACAGAGAAGGUGAAAUAAAUGAUGAGGAUGUAUUGGAAGGCCUUCAACCUCACUCACAUCUGAGGGAGUUAGAGAUCCGGGGAUUCAAUGGAAAAAGAUUUCCAUCAUGGACUCAGAAGAUGGCAGUUCGAGAUGUGCCUGGAGGCUCUUGGGUGGUGCUUAACAAGUUAACGUCGUUAACACUCUGGGACUGCAGAGAAUGUGAAGAGAUCCCAAUGUUGUGGCAGUUGCCCAAUCUCAAGUCCCUUAAGUUGGAUGGAUUGGUAAAUUUGAAGUGUAUAAAUUCUUCAUUCUACGGACUGGUGAACAAGGACACACGCGUUGCUUUUCCAUCUCUUGAAAGGCUCAUCUUGUCUCGAAUGCCUAAGCUGGCAGAGUGGGCAGAAAUAGAAAUUUCGGAUGGAAGUGAAGUGAAGCUAUUUCCUCGCCUCCAACAUUUGAAAAUUAAGCAUUGCAAGCAAUUGAAAAGUGUUCCAAGUUUGGGGCAGUUGCCCAAUCUCAAGUCCCUUCAGUUGUCGGGAUUGGACAAUGUGAAGUGUAUAAAUUCAUCAUUCUACGGAAUGGUGAACAACGACACACGCAUUGUUUUUCCAGCUCUCGAGAAGUUUCAAUUGAUUUCAAUGCCGAAGCUGGCAGAGUGGGCAGAAAUAGAAAUUUUGGAUAGAAGUGAAGUGAAGCUAUUUCCUCGCCUCCAACAUCUGUACAUUUAUGAUUGCAAGCAAUUGAUGAGUAUUCCAAGUCAUGUCUCGUCUUGCCUUGAAUUUUUGUCGAUUGAUAAGAUCGGUGUGGAACGUCUCCCAGCUGAUUGGUUAUUCAGUAACAACCAGACUCUCUCUUAUUUGGCUAUAUUCAACUCCCCCAAUUUGAGAGAAAUAUCAGAUAGCGGAGGACAACAAUCACAAGGAAGAAGCUUCACAUCCCUUCGCCGUCUCUGGAUUCGUGAAUGCGAAGCAUUGGAGUAUUUUCCAUGUGAAUUUCUAGGAUUCUCUCUUGAGGAGCUGUCAUUGAAGGAUCUAAGCAGCCUGAAGAAUCUACCAAGGGUAAUUGACUGCCUCACAAAUUUGCCUCGUCUAACACAUUUGACAGUUGAAGGUGUUCCUAAUUUUAUGACCACUUGUCGUCUUGAGAUUUCGCAUUUUCCCAGCUUGAGAGAGAUGAGUAUCGACGCUAGUACGGGGGAUUCAAGCUCGACGGAGACUGUGGAUGCCAUAUUGCAAGGAUGCAGCUGCCACUCACUCAAUGAGUUAGAUUUGAAGGGGAUGGAAAGUUGGGAAUGGCUGCCGGAAUCAAUUCAACAUCUUACAUCUCUUUCUAAGUUAUGCUUAGAGGAUUUUGGAAUGGAAGAGUUGCCUGAAUGGUUAGGGAAUCUCUCAUCUCUACAGUCAUUGAAUUUAGAUAACUGCAAAAGGCUAAGGUGUUUACCAUCUAUGGAUGCAAUGCUGCGCCUCACCACAUUAAAAGUAUUAGUCAUUAAGCGUUGCCCAGAAUUAGUGAUUCAAAGUGAGGCAGCUGAUUCUGAAUGGCCCAAGGUUUCCCAUAUCCCACGCAUCCAAAUUGAUGGCUCAUACAUUAUCUGUGAUGUUGAUUAAAGUGAAACGGAUUAAAGUACUGAAUCGAAGAAACAGUCAUGUUUGAAGUGCCUCCAAAGAAUUAGGAUGUGAAGCAAGGGAUCAAUGAAGAAGGAAUGUGUGAGUCCAUGAUGACUUGCUCAACAACCUCUUUUCAUAAUUAUCUUUUGCUAAUUCCUUUUUUUUCAUGUAUAUUCUUUAUUUGAACUUUUGUUGAUAAGAUUAUUAUUUCGACGGUUGAUGCAUCUUUGGAUAGCCAAUUUGUUUCAGACAGAAAGAAAUCUCCAAUUCUACUCAUGUUUUUACAUUUAUAUUAUAUGUGGUUUUGUGCUA